CCUGACAGACGCUUAGGUGAAGAUUCAUAAACACUUAGCCGUAGCGGCCGUAGCAGCUGAGGCCUUCUGGGACUGCAGCUCAAGUUUAAAAAUAAAAAAGAAGAGGAAGCCAUUUUCUUUUUCUUUCACCAUCGUGGAAUUGGCAGAAAACGAAAAUGACUAACUCAAAAGGUUAUCGUCGUGGUACGAGGGACUUAUUCUCCCGCAAAUUUAAGAAGCGUGGAGUUAUCCCUCUCUCCACAUAUAUGAAAGUCUACAAAAUUGGUGAUAUUGUAGACAUUAAAGGAAACGGUGCAGUACAAAAGGGCAUGCCCUACAAAGCUUACCAUGGCAAGACUGGUCGUGUAUUUAAUGUAACAGCUCACGCCUUAGGUGUUAUUGUAAACAAAAGGGUUCGGGGUAAAAUUAUCCCCAAAAGAAUCAACAUCCGCAUUGAGCAUGUUAAUCACUCAAAAUGCAGACAGGACUUUUUAGAAAGAGUGAAACACAAUGAAAAGCUAAGGAAAGAAGCUAAAGAAAAGAACGUUAAAGUCAACCUGAGGAGACAGCCUGCACAACCUAGAGGUGCACACAUUGUAAGUGGAAAGGACGGUUCAAUUGAUUUGGCUCCUAUUCCAUACGAAUUUAUUGCCUAGGUUUUAAUUUUUGACUUAAUAAAAAGAUAAAAAAAUCAAA